UCUCUCUCGCGUCCCGUUUUCGUUUUCAUUGGAAAACAUUUUCCAAGAUCUACCCAACCAACGAGGGAAUCACGGGAAAAACUGAAAACGAAAACAAACAUUCCCUUUUCAUCUGACAAGAGUUCUACUGCUCUCCUUUUCCGUUUUCGUUUUCAAUUUCAUUUUCAUUAUCAUUUGGGUUUCUUGCCUUCGUUUCGACUUCUCACUUUCUGUGAACCGGAUUUCACGAGAGGUUUGUAGAUUUCGUGGCUGUCGAGAAGUUAGGAGGGUGAUUUCCAGAUCCAGUAAAUUGUGAUCUUUCUAACGUACUAUGGGGCACCUUUCAAUUGCUAGACUACUUUCUGUCUAAUAUUAUAGUCAGAAAGUUAUGGCAAAAUCUGGACCUGCUGGCCGCAGUGUAUUUUCUAGGAAACCAAAUGAAAGUAUGAGGCUUAUCACUACAACAAUAAUCGGAGUUGUAUUUGGCUUCUUCAUUGGCAUUUCCUUUCCUCCUGUUAACAUCACAAAGCUUCACUUUCCUUCGAGCAUUUUAUCAUCUAUUGAAGAUAGGAACUCAGGAAUUACAACACAAGCAUUAUUGAAUCAUGUGUGGACUUCUGCCAAUACCCAUGAUAGUAAUGAUCCCGAUUGGAAUAAUGUUGAAAAUUUAAAGAUAUAUGUUCCUACAAAUCCUCGAGGUGCGGAAAGAUUGCCACCAAAUAUAAUUGUCACAGAAUCGGAUUUGUACCCCCGUAGAUUAUGGGGUAUCCCAAGCGAGGACUUGCCCAUGAAACAGAAAUAUCUCGUGACAUUCACGGUUGGAUACGACCAGAAAAAUAAUAUUGAUGCUGCUGUGAAAAAGUUCUCUGGAAAUUUUACAAUUGUCCUAUUUCAUUAUGAUGGUCGGACUAGUGAAUGGGAUGAGUUUGAGUGGUCCAAAAGUGCGAUUCAUGUCAGUGCAAGGAAACAAACCAAAUGGUGGUAUGCAAAACGAUUUCUGCACCCUGACAUUGUGGCUGAAUAUGACUACAUAUUUAUCUGGGAUGAAGACUUGGGAGUUGAACAUUUUGAUGCCGAGGAGUAUAUUAAACUGGUGAGGAAGCAUGGUUUGGAGAUUUCACAGCCUGGUUUAGAACCGAACAAAGGCUUGACUUGGCAAAUGACGAAAAGAAGAGGGGACCGUGAAGUCCAUAAGGAAACAGAAGAGAAACCCGGCUGGUGUGCAGAUCCUCAUUUGCCGCCAUGUGCUGCGUUCGUUGAGAUAAUGGCACCUGUUUUUUCUCGAGAUGCCUGGCGCUGUGUAUGGCAUAUGAUUCAGAAUGACUUGGUUCAUGGUUGGGGACUUGAUUUUGCUGUAAGAAAAUGCGUGGAGCCGGCUCAUGAGAAGAUCGGCGUGGUAGAUUCUCAGUGGAUCGUUCAUCAAGUGGUUCCAUCACUCGGGAACCAGGGACAUGCAGAGAACGGCAAAGCUCCAUGGGAAGGGGUGAGGGAACGAUGCAGAAAAGAAUGGGGAAUCUUUCAAAACCGAAUGGCCGAAGCAGAAAAAACCUACAGAGAAAAGGGUAUUGGUUCAUUGAAUUCAACUUCUCUGUAGAAUGCUGUAUACUUGUAUGGUGCAAAUAACAUGUGUAGAUUUGACGGUGAUACAAUAUAUUUGUAGCUUUCGUUUAGGUUUUCUGUUUCCUCGUUAGGACCAUUCCCAUAUGUUGUAAUAUUUGACACGACGCUAGGCAUUAAUAGUUGAGCUUCGAUUUCGAAGUUCUCUGUAGAAAUUUGGAACUGUUGGCAACUUGUUAUAUGUUCAUGGUGUAACAAACACUGCCUUAUUUUCUUAAUGAUUCAUUCUGUUUAGGUAUAUGUUUUUUCAA